UGGGGAGGGGCAUCGUCGCUGUGGUCGUGUUGGAGUCAGCUGGCUGUGUGAAAGAGAGCGUUUUCAUGCCGCGCAGAAAGCAGGUCUGUUGAGAUGCGCAGAGCUCCGACGCAGCGGAGGUCGCGAGGCUGCUGGUGAAUUACAAUUGGGAUAGUGAACCAUCAUGAACGGGCAGCUCUUUUCCGUGGAUCUCCGCACAUUUUGCCAAUAAAAACAAGCAGGAAUGAUUUUCCUCCCCCUGCUUUCGCUCCAGAGAACCAUGGAGACCUCGCAAGGCAUCAGUCAUGCUCUCUGGUGAGGGUGUGGCUGAGAGCGUGAAUUGUAAAGUCCCCAGAAUUACAUCACAUGGAGGUCAAAGGACAUCUGAUCACAUCCAUGGGUUUGGGGGCUCCUGAUGUUCAAGGCUGCCAGGAUGGCAAGCUGCAGGCUGAGAGGAUCGGAACUCUGCAAGAAAGGAAGCAGGCCUUGGAGGCUCUCCUCAACGCCAGAGUGGGAGAGCUCAAACAAGUCUGUUUGCAGGAAGCUGAGCUGACUGGGAAAUUGCCACGUGCUUUCCCAUUGGAGACAGGAGAGAAACCCCCGCUGGUGCAGCGGAGAGCUGGCCUAGCGCCCAUUGCCAAGGCAGAGGAUGAGGCUGCCCAAAGAAAGCAGAUGAAAGCCAUCUUCACGGGUGCUCUGUACAGACACUCGGAAUCAGACCGAAACGUUCCAAAUAGCAAAAGAACGGUCCAUCGGGGCUGUCACACAGAGGACACUGUCAUGUCAGAGAGUACAAGCUCCAUGUCAGAUUCAACAUCCCAUGACAAUGAGUCUUCACCAAGCGUGGCUGCAGACCAGCGAUCUCUGUCUCAGCCACGACUUACUGCAGGCAGCCCUGACCACAGAAUCAGCAGGAAGCUAUCCCCAGUGGAGAUUUAUUACGAGAUGAGGACACGGCGCAACUCUGUCACUAGCUCUGUUAGCCCAACUCACUCUUUACCUAGAAGUGCUUCUAACGUUGAAGGCAGAAGUGUUCCAGCAACUCCUAUGUUGGCCCGAACUGCUCCCAUCAGCGUUCAUGUCAGGUCAGAUGCAUCUGGUGGAAAUGGGCUGAAACAGUGGUCUGGCAGCCUGGAUGUGCCAUACAUGAUUCCGUUGGCUCAAGAAGGUUCUUCCUCUGACCGCCGCAGCUGUCCGUACAGCUCCCGAGCCAGGCGCAGCAACAGCUCUGAGGCCCUGCUGGACAGAUCGAGCCUUCCAGACGACCCAGCCCCUAGAAACGGCAUGCCGCAGAGAGGAGGGCCCUACAAGAGUUCGGAGACGCUGACAGAUGGAAAACUGCGGCAUAUUCACUUGGGCAGCCCCGAGGGGCAUGUGGACAGCUCUGUUGAGCAAGUCAAAAUGCGUCUGUCUAUGGGUGGCAGGGGAGCAAGCGGUGGCUACAACGAACUUUUGAUGGACUAUAUCUGGGGAAAACAGCAGAGGAUGCAAGUGCAGCACCAUCUGUACCAGUCCACAGGAAGGAUCUGGCAAGACAUGUCCUCCCCUCGCUCAUCCACUGCAGCAGUGCCUCCCCAUGCCAAUGGAUUUUCCCAUUCCCAGGUGCACCUUCCCAGUGCUGCACCUCCCUACAGUCCCAUGGUCCUUAGAGGAUCCCAAGCUGAACUACGCAGGGUCAAGGUCACCAGAACCAAAUCUUGUGGACCUUUUAUUCCUUUGCAGCAACAUCCCCAAGAUGCAAUUCUACUAUCAGCGUACGAGUCCCCCCUUCCUGUUUCUGGAACCACCACAUCAUCCAUUCCCAACCUGCACCCUUACCAGACUGAUUUGUCUGGUCCCUCCUUCAACCGCAGACCCCCACAGUUUUCUCUUCCUACUCCAGAAGACUCAACAAGAAGCCUGCAUAAAGCCCUGGCUCUGGAGGGCCUUAGAGACUGGUACCUGAGGAAUGCUCUUGGCUAUCCUACUGCUGCCCCAAAGGGUCACGAGGCAGGGAUCUCUCGUCUUUCACACCCACACCCACUGGUGCACCAGGCCCAGUCUGUUCAAGGUGAACCAACUAACCUCCAAAGGCCUCAGAUACCCCAGUCAGCCAGCUUCCAUGGCCACCCUCUCCAUGGAAGGUCGAUGGAGUUCUCUCUCUAUCAGGAGACAUCUGAUCCACAGAUGCAAGAGGUGACUCCAAAGGAGCCCAGUGCUGACCCAGGCACCUUGGUCUGAAGCAGCAGCAGCACUCAUGCACACAUCAAUGCACUACAUACGCAAAAACAGUGUAGCUUCACAUGGACUCCGAUAUACUACUCCAAAAAUUAAGGGAACACUUAAAUCACAUGCUGUAUCUCGAUGAAUUAAAUAUUCAAACUGAAAGUCUUUAUGACACACACUGUGUAAUUUGUUGAGAUCAAAAUAAUGGAACAAUAUAGUUGGAAAGCCUUCUGAAGGCUGGAUUCAAAAUGACAACAAAAAUCAAUGUUAUAAAUUGUUCAAGUGUUCCCUUUAUUUCUUUUGAUCAGUUUAAUUCCACACACAAGUUGAUUAUAAUGUGACCUCAGCAGCAUCGAAAAACAUGACCACCUCAGCAGAAAGAGACUGAAGUAAAUGACAAACUGUAGCUGUAAAGUUGGAAAAAGCCUGGGCAAGCUCCCUGUGUUAUACCUGAUUUUUGCCAAUAUCAAUGUCAACCCCAGUGUUUUGUGGCUGUACACGGGUGCUGACUUGCAGAGCAUCUAAUACCAAUAUGAUCAUACUCUACUUCACAUAUAAAUAUUUCUGGUCCAACGCGAACGGCAAGAUCCUUUCCAUUAAUCCUGAAAAGUCUGCCGAGAUAUACUUUUUUACAGAAUAUAUACAGCUGUAAAGUACUAUUUUGUAUCUUCUGAGAUAUAAAGAACUGUUAUAUUAAAGAGGUAAUUUAUUGCUCAUUAACCAUGUUAUAUUCAAAGAUGUUAUGAGCUCACAUCAUUUGAGACGUAUUACAUGCCAGUGAACGUGUGUUUGUAAAUUAUAUAAACCGCAGAAACAUGCUUCAGUCCUCAUCUGCCGUUAACGUCACAGCCAUUUGUAUUUUUCAUAUUUGAUAAAAGUGAAGUGGGCCAUGAACUGUAGCAUAAUGGUGUAGCAGACAGGAGUGCCUAAAUGUUUAAUAUCAAAACUAAACCUUGGUUAGAAAAACUUUAAAGUUGCUAGUAUUAAGACUGUGUGAGAUUUAGUUUUUAAAAAUCAGACUAAAGCGUAUCACAGUGUGACUCAGUUUGGGUAUUUGGAAUGAUGUCAUAUGUAUUUUGGUGUUUUGGGGGUUUCAGCUCAGUGCUGGUUGAUAAAUGUAGCCUUCUCUGUGCUGACCUUAGAUCAGUUUAGGACAAACCUUAGGGCUGUAGUGAGACCUUCUGUAUGGCAGUAGCACUUGACUGUGUGACAAGAAAUAACUCGUAUCAAAUCAGUUUUUUUUUUUUUCUGCAUUCACUUGCGGAGGAUUUGAUUGUCAUACAGAGCACUUUAUGAACAUCUUAAGCCUUAACCCCUGUGAAAUUGUCACCAAGAUAGAUAACAGUCAAUAAGAAGGUUUUUCUUUUCUUUUCUUUUUGGUCUUCAAACAUCUGUUGAAGGUCUGGGUGGUGGUCUGUACAUAGAGUGGCUUGUACUGAUGAGUCUCAAGCUAAUGUUCUAUUCCCAUACUAACAAUGUAAUUUUCCGAACUAACUGCAUAAUAAGUAUAAUCAAAAUAACCUGCCCUACUCCUUCAACCCCACUUCCCCCCCAAGUGAGAACUAUUUAAUUGGUUAUAAAAAAUUGAGGAUGACCAUGUGACCAGAAUAGGGCCGCUGCAGUACUGAAUGGUGGUGUGAGCAGGUCUCAUACCAGUAAAUGUCUUUGUGAGAAUACAUGCUGUUUGUAUUUGUAAGGAAUCUGUUUGACAUGUUUGCUUUCUUUUAAAUAUUUUUUUUAACAUUGUGUCAUGUAUCUUUGUAUAUCAGUAGCAUUAUUACAUUGUUUUCACAAUCAGCCUGGGUAGCAUUUUGCAAUGUACACUACAGAAACCAGAAGAAGUAAACUGAAAAUAUUUGUAUUGUUGUAACAACAUAGCAUGUUUCUUUCAUGGUUUUAAUAUGAUUUUGCCUUUUUUUUCUGUAUUUGAUCUUCAGACUCAUCUGAAUGUAGUUUUCUUUUGUGUGUGCUUGUGAUGUUUUUGCUCAGUUACAAACUGUAGCACACUGUGGAACAUGAACCUCGUGUCUACGCCUGUCUGAUGUGUUCACAUCCUCUGUUUCCUGCUUCAUAGAGCUCCUUCCAGCUUGUUAAAGACUGAAAUCAAAGACCAAACUGCUGUGCACUGGGGGUCAUAAAGGUAUUUUUCAUAUAAUGUACUCUAAGUUCAAAAGAAAUAAUAUAAAUUUAGCUCUAAAGCAAAUGUAUUCAAACUAUAUUAUAUUUAUGAACCUAUAACGUUUUGUAGCCAUCUACUGUAGCCCUUUCUCAUCAGUGCAGGAAUUAGUAAUGUCUGUUUAAAAUUUCAUUAAGCUGUGUGAUAUGUUUAAUAUUUGGUUAUACUUUAUAUUUUCUUUAUUUCUUAAAAAAGAAAAGAUAUUUAAGUGCAGCUGUUUUCUCUUUUCUUCUCUCUUUAUAACCAGGCCUAUGAAGUUAGGCUAAACAAGGCCUGCUCUGUUAUGUAUGUAUGAGAUCUAAAUAAAGUGUCAUGUUGAAAUCAAAA